AUGUGUCAGAUUGCUGAAUCUUUGGGAUAUUCUGAUCAUGCCGUCAGUACCUUUAUUUCGCUUAUAAGUAUCUGGAGCUAUUUUGGGAGAGUUUGUGCAGGUUUUAUAUCUGAAAGCCUUCUUACAAAGUGGAAAAUUCCUAGAUCACUUGUAAUGACUUUCUUUAUUCUCUUCUCUUGUGUUGGUUUCUUACUCAUUGCAUUCCCAUUUCCUGGUGCUCUCUACAUCGCUUCAGUUAUCAUCGGCUUCUGUUUUGGAGCUCAGUCUAUAUUUAAUCCUACAAUCAUUUCUGAACUCUUUGGUUUAAAGCACUAUCCAACCUUGUCGAAUUGUGGUGUACUGGCGAUUCCCCUCGCAACUUAUGUGUUCAAUGUAAGAGUUGCUGGAGUAAUUUACGAUAACGAAGCUUUGAAACAAAUAAAGAUUAUUAAGGGACUUGGUAGGGAUUCAGCUAAGGAGUUGAAAUGCAUUGGGAAACAAUGUUACAGACUAAGCUUUAUUAUAAGAGCAGGCGCGGCAAUCACCGGUACCCUUACUUCCCUUAUUUUGGUAACGAGGACUCGUAAGUUCUACCAAGGAGAUUUAUAUAACAAGUACAGAAAAGAAGUCAUUGCUAACACAGAUGAAACUACAAUCGUUUUGUCUACGGAUGAUAACACCAAUACAAAACCUGAUCGGUGA